ACUAUACCNACACGACGUGCACGGUCGUGCUCACAUGCCUUGUCCCACUCACGAGAACAACGCACAACGAAAUUACCUGCAAUUGAAUCCACCGGAACUAAACGAGAUGCAAAUGGACAACCAUUGAUUAAGUGUCAAAAAGCCCCAUGGGGUGAUUCUAAAGACAACAAAGAACAGCCUGCAGAAACCAUACAUUUUCCACGAAUCUGCAAACGAUGGUCCCCAACACCCGGAGCCGGGCCCAAGUUUCGUAUAUCCGAUGACGACAGUCGAGGCAGUUGUCCAGGCCUGGUGAUAAACACGAACAACACCAGUUACGAUUCGCUCAAUCGACUCUCUUCGCACGUUAGCAAAACCAGUGUUAUCAGUCGACAAAAUCGCACCCCUAGUGCUAGUGUCAUCAAAGGACCUGCUCCAAAUCCGGUUCUAUUGCCGAUCAAUUUUACAGACCUACCAGGUGGCUCUGAAAAACGAGUGCGUGUUAAAACAAAACGGCACAAAUUAAACAUGGGUGAAACUGAAGAAGGAAACAACUUUCCAACUUUUACCGCUCAUAAUCCGACAAACCCGGCCGAGUCUAGGUGA